AUGACGGCAGCUAUCCUCUCCAGUAGGGGAGCUUUCCGCUCAGCUAUCCAUCAUCGACCCCAACUCCAAUUCCAGUCCGCAAUUCUCAUGGCCACCCGAAGAUCGUUCUCCUCUUACCUCGUCACACCGUCAGAGCUGAGCGAAGAGCUGAAGAAGAACUCCCCAAGCAAGAUCUCCACAUCACCCCGAACCGUACCUUUAUGCGCAGCUUGGUUCCUUCCCAAUGACGACCGCAAAGGCCUGGAUACUUUCCGGCAAAAGCGAAUUCCCAAUGCGCGGUUCUUCGAUCUGGAUAAGGUGAUCGACAAGCACUCGCCAUAUCCCCAUAUGCUACCUUCGGCUUCCGACUUUGCCAAAGCUAUCAGUGGAUUGGGGAUUCGGAAGGACGAUACUGUUGUAGUGUAUGAUACUGCCGAAUUAGGAAUAUUCAGCGCCCCGAGAGUGGCAUGGAUGCUGAAGAUAUUCGGUCAUCCUUCCGUUCAUAUUCUCAACAAUUUCAAGCUGUGGGUGGAGGAAGGAUAUACUAUUGAGAGUGGGGAGUUCUGGGAUGUCGAUACUUGCGUAUAUCCGAUUCCGGAAUUUGAUGAGAGCAAAGUUAUUGGAUUCGAGGAGGUAAAGGAGUUUGCCAAGGAUUAUAAUAAGGAGGGUGCGGAAGGUGUGCAAAUCCUGGAUGCGAGAUCCAAAGGAAGAUGGGCUGGAAAGGAUCCGGAACCAAGACCUGGUCUGUCGUCUGGGCAUAUGCCAAGUAGUAUCUCUGUGCCGUUCUCAGAUUUGCUGGAUCCAGUCAAGAAGACUAUACUGCCAGGUGACGAACUUCGGAAGAUCUUCCUGGCCAAAAGCGUUGACCCAGAGAGGCCAAUUAUCAGCAGUUGUGGAACAGGUGUUACUGCGGCAGUUAUUGACGCGGCUCUGAGUGAAGCUGGAUAUGGCGACGAGAGUAAGCGGAGAUUGUAUGACGGCAGUUGGACAGAAUGGGCGCAACGCGUUCAACCUUCGGACGGACUUAUAAUCAAGGAAGAAUAA